AUGGAGGCCCAGGAGAUCGCCGCGGCAGCGCGCCACUUCUCCGCCAUGGCUCGAAUCGUCGGUCCGGUUAGUCUGCGACUUCGCAUCAUCACCAGCUCAACUCCUCCGAAUUAUCUCGCUAACCGCCGUGCUUCUUCCCUUCUCCGGCGUCUCCGCUUCAAGGACCCCAAGGCCGUGAAGAUGCGCCGCCACGCCUUCCACCUCCACCAUUCGGGGUCCACCACGCUCUCGGCGUCGGUUCUGCUCUUGCCGCGGGGCGCCCUGGCUGAGCCGCCGCCACUUCUCGACCAUAUCUGCGCGGCCCACGGGCACGCGGCAGGAGACGUCGCGCUCACGGCUGCUUCCCUCGUCGAGCCGUUCCUGGUCGCGGAGCAGCGGAAUAACUCCGGCGAGGAGCUUCAGCCGAGGUUGGUUCCGGAGGUGCGUCUUGAUGUGCUUGUUGAGGUUGAUGUUCCGACAGCUGCUGAUUCUGCUUUGUCCUUACUGAGACAUGAAGAGUUCAUCAGAAGACCAACAUGGGAUGUAGGCUGGUCAUUGGCCGAUGCUAAUCAGAAACAGGUUGAAAAUGAUACCAGAUCUUCGCUUGAGUCUAACAGGAAUAAUGCAUCUAUUGAAUCAGUAGACCCAUUGAUGUUGUCCAAGUCUGCCACAAGAAUUGGUAUUCUAGGAAUUUCAACCUUCAACUCAAAUGAUGCAAGACGUAUCAAUGUUUCAGUGAUGCAACAACGAGGGGACCCUUUGCUUAUAGUAGGAUCUCCAUUUGGCCUCAUGUCACCCUUCCAUUUCUUCAACAGUAUAUCUGUUGGUGCUGUUGCGAAUUGCCUUCCUCCAUGCACUGUGAGGAGCUCAUUGCUGAUGGCUGACAUCCACUGUCUCCCUGGCAUGGAAGGCGCUCCAGUGUUUGAUCGAAAUUCUUGCCUUGUGGGGCUGCUGAUGAACCCAUUAAGACAGAAAGGCAGCAAUAUAGAAGUUCAGCUUGUGAUUACAUGGGAUGCAAUAUGCACGGAAUGGAACAGCAAAAAACUGGAGGAAAUUGGACGUGCCCCAAGAGAACUACCUAAUGACAAAAAUACGGAUAGUAAAUCUAUGGAAUUUCGGCAUGGAUACAACUAUGGGAGGUUUGCCUCUUCAACGGUCAACAAAAUUAAUCAGCAUUGCAUAUCAUCCCCUUCGCUCAGAGAGGCUAUAUCUGCAGUUGUUCUUGUCACGGUUGGUGAUACAUCUUGGGCUUCAGGGAUUGUUCUGAACAAAAGGGGUUUAGUUCUGACAAAUGCUCAUCUCUUGGAACCUUGGAGAUUUGGGAGGACUUCACCCUCAGAUUUACAAGCCUCAUUCACUGGAGAACAUCUCAAUGCUGGAGAAAACAAAUCAUUGCAGCCACAAGGCAAAUUUUCCAAUGAGGAUGCUGUCAAUCAUAAGGUUUCAUUGUUUAACUUGGGUUUCAAAAGAGAGAAGAGAAUAUCUGUUCGUUUGGACCAUGCAGAGAGACAGAUAUGGUGCAAUGCUAGCGUGGUUUUCAUCUCAAAGGGUCCACUUGAUGUUGCAUUGCUUCAAAUAGAUAAGGUUCCAAUUGAAUUAAAUACAAUCAGACCAGAAUUUGUUUGUCCAACAGCAGGGUCAUCUGUUUAUGUUGUUGGGCAUGACCUUUUUGGACCCCGAUCAGGCCUAUGCUCUUCUCUAUCCUCGGGGGUUGUGUCAAAGGUUGUCCAAAUCCCAUCAAAUCAACUUUCUCAUCUGGCCAGUGCUCUGGAGAUUGACAAUAUGGACAUACCAGUAAUGCUGCAGACAACAGCGGCAGUUCAUCCAGGGGCCAGUGGUGGCAUUCUUGUUAAUUCACAUGGGCUAAUGGUUGGGAUAAUAACAAGUAAUGCUAAGCAUGGUGGUGGAAGCACAAUACCUCAUCUGAAUUUCAGCAUCCCCUGCAAAUUACUGGUUGCGGUCUUCAAGUAUUCCGCAAUUGGAAAGCUCGCGAUUUUGGAGCAGUUGGACAAACCAAAUGAAGUGCUCUCAUCAGUUUGGGCUUUGGCACCAUCAUCAUCCCCAUUUGUCAGUAGCUCCCCAGAAAAAGGCAAAGAUGAAAAGGUCUUGGAGUUCUCUAAGUUUCUUAGUGAUAAGCAACAAGCUCUGAAAUCUAGUGUAGAUCUGAAGGAACUCUUUAGGUACAAGACUCCCAGCAAAAUAUAG